ACCUCCAGCUCCUCUAUUUAUGUUCUUUGCUGCUCUGUCCUUCUCUCAAAACCAGCAACCAGAAGUUUUUUCUUUUCCUUUGUUUUUUUGUCUCCCUUAAAAAUUCUAAGGCUUUGUUUGGUGUGAACUGUUUUGACUAAGUCUAGUAGAAAAAAAAAAAAAACAAUGGAAGUAAUUGAAACUAAAACAGCUGUUUCAAAUUUCGAUCUCCAGUCAAAGUCUCCGUUCUAUAACAUUUCCUCCCCCGGCCUUCAGAACAGCGGCUUUCGUGUUGGAUCCGAACCGUUGGAUUUUUUCUCUAUGGAUAGUCCGAAAGAAGCAAGCGAAUCAGAUACCCCGUCGGGGAAUAAUGGUGGUGGCUUGGAAAUGCCGAUGGAGUCGUUGAUCGACGGUCGAGAUUUUUCGGGUUCGAAUCUCGCGUCUAGUGGCGCUUCUUCUCAUUCGAACGCGGCAGUUAAGGUUCAGAAGGUGUACAGGAGUUAUCGGACACGGCGUAGGUUAGCAGAUUCCGCUGUUGUCGCAGAAGAACUCUGGUGGCUGGUUUUAGAUUAUGCAAGGCUUAAUCACAGCACAAUUUCGUUUUUUAAUUAUUUGAAACCAGAAACUGCUGUUUCAAGGUGGAAUCGUGUUGGCUUAAAUGCUUCUAAGGUCGGGAAGGGAUUGUCCAAAGACGCCAAAGCACAAAAAUUGGCUUUUCAACAUUGGAUUGAAGCUAUUGAUCCACGUCAUCGCUAUGGGCAUAACUUGCAUAUUUACUAUGAUGAGUGGUCUAAAGACGAUGCUGGUCAACCAUUUUUCUACUGGUUGGAUAUAGGGGAUGGCAAAGAGAUUGAUCUCAAAGAAUGCCCGAGAUCAAAGCUUCGACAACAAUGUAUUAAGUACCUUGGACCUCAAGAGAGGGAGAAUUAUGAGUUCAUUGUUGUUGAAGGGAAGAUUAUCCACAAACAAACUAGAAAUGUCCUUGAUACAUCCAAAGGAUUGAAAGAGGGGAAAUGGAUAUUUGUUAUGAGCACCUCCAAGAAACUGUAUGCUGGAGCGAAGAAGAAAGGAAUGUUUCAUCAUUCUAGCUUUUUGGCUGGAGGAGCGACAUUAGCAGCUGGUAGGCUGGUGGCAGAGCAUGGAUUUCUGAAGUCCAUCUCUGCAUACAGUGGACAUUACCGGCCAACAGAAGAUAGUCUUAAGAGUUUUCUCUCCUUUCUGAAGGAGAAUGGAGUGAACCUUAGUGAAGUUGAGAUAUGCCGGGUAGCUGAUGAUUCUGACGCCUAUGAUGAUGGCAAACCCAGCAGUGGUGGGACUACAGUUCUAGUUUCAACAAUCUCAGUGCCUACUGAACGUGGAAUUGACAAUGAAGAGAAGAAUUUGUUGUCUGAAUCAUCUGAAACAAAUCAAACAGAGACCACAAAUAAUUACAAAAGGACUUUAUCUGGUGGCCUUCAGAGCCCAAAAGCUGAGGUGCCUGAAAAAGCUAUAUUGCAAAGGAUCAACUCCAAGAAGGCCGCGAAAUCAUACCAAUUAGGACAUCAACUGUCACUCAAAUGGUCAACUGGGGCUGGGCCUAGGAUUGGGUGUGUUGCCGACUACCCUGUAGAACUGAGACAACAAGCAUUAGAGUUUGUCAACCUGUCCCCGAGAACUCCUCACACCCGUUCCCCAAUCCUGUCUCCAAGAAUGCCGCGUACCCCUACUACACCUUCAGCAUACAGGCGUCCUGGUGGUCUUGCACCAACUACAGCUCAGCCAAUAUCGUAUGACCAUAAUGCUGAUGGCACUUCUGCCACCUGAGUGUAAUAUACGAUGAGUUUUUUUUUUUUAAUUUACCAUGAGUUUAUCUUUAGGUUUUCUGCUUCUAGUAUAAUGGAUGCAUUAGUGAAAGUAAAGAUCUGAUACGCUUUUAUGUCAAUUCAGCCUUUUUGGAAUGGCUAUAUAGCAUUAUCGUAGUUGCCUUUAAUGCGAUUCAUAAGUAUCCAUUAGCUGUUUAUUCCAUUACGCAAAAUUUCAAAU